CUUGACAAGGCACUGACAGAACUGGUGAAGUGCACGUAUCCCGCGCGUAAACAGUAUCAGGUCCCAGCGGUGCUCUGAAGAAACACAUUGAAUUCAUUGAUUGAAGGACUUUAAUAGAUAUACAGCAAGAAACUUAACCUUGAAUUUGUUGAAUGGGCAUCAAAGAAUGUUGUACGACAUUCCUGGCAGGACUGCCAGACCCUGCUCUACCCUUCCUGCCCUCCCUCAUACUUGGGACCUGCUUCGCAGCGUUCUUUCUCCUCUUAUUUUACAAGAAAAGCACAAAUUUGCCAUUGAAGAUCAUACUUAUACACAUACUUAAGAAGGUGCUUUAUUUACUACCAAACCAAGAUCAUUCUGAGAGUGAAGCUUGUCACAAUCCUGAUUGUGUUCGCUGUCAUAAAUAUGCAGAACUCAAAGUACAGAUUGUUAAUAAAUGGAAGAAUAUCAGAGCAAGUAAAUCUAAAUUUGUGUCAAGUCAGCUAGAAGAAGCUGUCAAUAAAAUUGUAUGUGAAAUUAACCCGGCACAGAAGCUAGAUGUGAAUGAUGAACCCACCAAGAGAAAAAUCAAAGCACCCAAUAUCGAGCUUCAAAAUCCAACCAUCUUCAAAAUGGACCUUACCGCAAACCCAUACUGGAAUGAUUUUAUGGUUUACCAGAAGGACCUCAGGUUUUUAAAGCUGAAUUUCUCAAUAAUUUUAAAGGAAUUUAUAUCUGUCUUUGAGGCUCUGCAAAAAGGUGACAACUGGGGCUGGAAACUAAACGAUAUUGCCGAGGGACAUUGGUGCAUUUUUCCAUUUAUCGAUCAGGGACUUGUGAAUGAAUCAAACUGUAAAAGAUGUCCAAAUGUUGCAGCGAUACUGGACACGCUGCCGUCUCUCAUGAAAGACUGCGUGUUUGGAAACGCCUGCUUUUCCAUCCUCUAUCCAGACUCCAAUAUUAAGGCACACCAUGGUCCUAGCAAUAUACGACUGAGGUGUCAUUUGGGACUGCGCAUUCCAGAUGGCUGUUGGUUAGAAGUUGCUGGAACUCAGUACAAGUGGAAGGUGGAAGAGACAGUGGUCUUUGAUGAUUCUUUUGAACAUUCUGCUACAUUUGUGAACCAAUCAAGCUCCUCACAUGCCUAUCCCAGGGCAGUACUCAUGGUUGACUUUUGGCACCCUGAUCUUACGUCAGAAGACAAAGAAGUAUUAUCGGAGUUAUUAGCUCCAUAGAACUGUAUCUGAUGUAAUCUCCAUGUCUAGUCUGAGUCAGAAUGCGAAAAUAGCUGAAAAUUUUGAUUAAAUAAUCUUGACAGCAUAGGCCUACUUCUUUUUUUAAUACUUUUCACAUAACACCAUUCCAAAUUUUGUUAGUUAAAAUAGUAGUAGUAGAAGUAAAAGUAAGUAGAAGUAAAAAUAGUAGUAGUAGAAGUAGAAUAUAUUUAUAUAUUUAGUAGAAUAUUUUAGCAGAAUACAAUUGUGUAGGUGUUUUAUUUUUAAGUGGAGUACUGUACUUUGCAUUAUGACUUAUUUAACAGUACUAAUUCUGUCUCUCAGUGUUGGCUGUUCAUAAGGAGCUACACAAAUUUUACAGCAUUGCUGAAACACGAAGAAGUAAAGAUAGUUUUGGAAUUGAUUUUGUAAGCAAAAUGAAUGGCAUUUUAAUUUCAGGCUUUUCAGUGGAUGAUAUUGGCCACAUGCAGCUAACUUGAGGACACUUAAAUAAGCAAAGACCUCCACCUUACUGUCAGAACUACAUUGUCCUGAUAACAGUCACUCAACACCAACAAUGUCCUGAUUUUCUGGUUAAUUAAAAAUCAUUUAUUCCUCACUAAUAUCCUUGAUGAAUCACCUUUGACACUAAACAUGUGAUGUCUUUAUGCUCUCAUACUGCCAUCCCGAAUGAUUGCUAGGAAUUAUUUAAUAUUCUCCAACGUAGACGGUGCUAAAUGGUCUUCCAGGCUUGACACACCUUCUUUGGACACUUACUUUUCAUCGGAUGUAAUGAACAAUUAUAAUUGUUAAUUAAUUAUAAUUGAACAAUUAUAAUUGUUCAUGCAUGUCAUUAUACACAGUAUUAGGCUAAUACUAUAAUGCACAGAAAUACUUUAUAUCCAGUUUACAGUGGCACCUUGUUCGAAUGGACUAAAUGGAACUGGGCCUAUUUUACCAAGGAUUCCUUGUCCAAGCAUUCUGCCAAUUUCCUGUCAUUUACUGCAAAAUGUUUUAUUUCUGACCCUAAUGAUAGAAUACAUCCCUGAAUAUAUUUAGACAACAAAAUUACAUAUAAAUUCUUCAAUUCAUUUUAAAUAUACUGUGCUGGAGAGGCAAAUUGAGUCAGAAAAGAUAAUAAUUUCAGAAAAAAAGGACUGAUACCUUAGAGAAGUGUAGAUUAAUUCUUCUACUCAAUUUUGCUAAAUGAAAUCAUAGAUUCAACUUUUUAUAUAGUUACCACCUGACUAAAAAUUUCACCAUUGCCAUUUUCCCCAUACUCAGCCCUAAAACAUUGUUUUACAAAAAGCUCCUUAAUCCUCCAACAGUGUAAUGUACAGUAUUACUAAAACGGAACUUAAUGAAUGAUCCCUCUCGCUUGAUUUUUUUUUUUUUUUUAGAUCUAUUACAAGUAUUGAUGUUAAUUUACACUUCAAUGAGCUUGUGAUCUGAAUAUGUCGUAUCUGAGAUUGUAAUGUCCCUGAUUAUUUCUUCAUUGUUUGUAAAGAUCAGAUCCAUAAUAUUUUUGGUUCUAGUUGGCUCUUGUUACCAGGUGGCUGAGCAAAAAUUUAUCACAGACUUUUAAGUAGUUCUCCGACCUGUAAUUGGUUAUUUACAAAUAUAUUUCCUGGUAUAUUAUUGGUAUUGGGUUUGUCAGAUUAUCAAGGCUAUUCUGUACUCACCUAGUUGUGCUUGUAGGGGUUGAGCUUCGGCUCUUUGGUCCCACUUCUUGACUGUCAAUCAACUGGUGUACAGAUUCCUGAUUUGUAUUCAUUAUGUUCUGUGAAUUCCUCAACUGCUGCAUCUGGCAGUUUGUAUAUCAGAAUAAUAACUUAAAUUCAUUUUCUUUGUUCUUACUCAAAGUACCUCUGCCACCUGAUCUGUAGAACUAAGGGGCUUUGAACAUACAAGGUUCUCUCCAAUAUACAAACCUACUCCU